UCCACAAGCAGCCCCUUCCCUCCCUCCCUCCCUCCCUCCCUCAGUCACUUUCUUCAGCCCUUCAGGUUGGUUUAAUUGUUUAAACCCUAUAAGUUUCUUAUUUUAACUUUCAAUUUGUUGAUUUACAUGUUUAUUUCCCACAAGGGUUGCUACAAUCGACAUGUGUGGCUACUAUUUGCUCAAAAUUUUCACAAAACUACUUACUCACUCAUACCCAUAACACCACCCGUUUACUACAAUAAUCAGAAGUUAAACGAGCUAUGUAAAUCGGGUCGAAUCAAUGAAGCACACCACCUGUUCGAUGAAAUGCCUGAGAGAGAUGACUUCACUUGGAACACCAUGAUUGCUGGGUAUGCUAAUUCAGGAAAGAUAACAUAUGCACAUAAGUUGUUUGAUGAAACUCCAAAGAAAAGUUCCAUUACAUGGUCAUCACUAAUUUCCGGAUACUGUAAACUGGGAAACGAACACGAAUCAAUGAGACUGUUUUACGAAAUGCGGUACCAAGGGUACAGCCCGAGCCAGUUUACGUUAGGUAGUGUUCUAAGAAUGUGUUCAACAAACGGGUUGUUGUCGAGAGGGGAGCAGGUUCAUGGGUACGCGAUUAAAACGCAGUUUGAUGCGAAUGUUUUUGUGGUGACUGGACUCGUUGACAUGUAUGCACAAUGUAGACGGGUGUUAGAAGCUAAGUAUCUGUUUAAGAUGAUGUCGCAUGGCAAGAAUCAUGUGACGUGGACCGCGAUGAUCACUGGGUACUCGAGGAACCAAGAUCCACUUGGGGCUAUUGAGUGUUUUCGUGAUAUGUGUGCAGAAGGAAUCGAGGCUAACCAGUAUACGUUUCCGAGUGUUUUGACGGCGUGUGGGGAAAUCAUGGCUUUUCGGUUUGCGGUGCAGGUGCACGGUUGCAUAGUGAAGGGCGGUUUUGCUGCUAACGUGUUUGUAGAAAGUGCGUUAGUUGAUAUGUAUGCAAGAUGCGGGUGUUUGAAUGAUGCGAGGAUUGUAUUGGAGUCGAUGGUAGUCGACGAUGUUGUUUCUUGGAACUCGAUGAUAGUCGGGUGUGUGAGGCAGGGUUUUACAUGUGACGCGCUUCAUUUAUUCAAGAAAAUGCACACCAAGAACAUGAAAAUUGAUGAUUACACAUACCCAUCUGUACUAAAUUGCUUUGUUUCCUUAAACGACGCUAACUCUUCAAAAUCUUCGAAAUCGGUCCACUGUAUGGCUGUGAAAACCGGGUUUGAAAGACAUGUGUUAGUAAGUAACGCUCUUGUGGACAUGUACGCCAAAAGGAGUGACUUAUCGUGUGCUUUUGCAGUGUUCGGUAACAUGAAAGAACCAGACGUCGUUUCAUGGACUUCGUUAAUCACCGGCUACACCCACAAUGGGGCCCACGAACAAGCGCUUACAUUGUUCUGUAAAAUGAGGAUUUCGGGAAUCAAACCGGACCAGAUAGUGACGGCCAGCAUCUUGAGUUCGUGUGCAGAACUUACCGUUCUUGAUUUCGGACAACAAGUUCAUUCCGAUUUUAUAAAAUCUGGUUUACGUUCAUCUUUAUCGGUUGAUAACUCGCUUGUAACAAUGUACACAAACUGUGGUUGCAUAGAAGACGCCAACAAAGUUUUCGCAUCAAUGGAUGUGAAGAAUGUAAUAACAUGGACCGCACUAAUCAUGGGUUACGCUAAAAAUGGUAAAUCAAACGAAUCGUUGAUCUUUUACAAUGAAAUGAUCGAAAGCGGCAUAAAACCCGACUUCAUAACUUUCAUCGGAUUGCUAUUCGCUUGUAGUCAUGCCGGGCUUGUGGAUCAAGCCCGUGAAUACUUUGACUCAAUGGUCAACGUUUACCAUAUAAAGCCCGGCCAAGAUCAUUACGCGUGUAUGAUUGACCUUCUAGGGCGGUCAGGGAGGAUAGACGAGGCGGUGGAGCUUCUAAACAACAUGGUGGUCGAACCCGAUGCAACCGUAUGGAAAGCGUUGCUUUCGGCUUGUAGGGUUCAUGGGAAAAUCGAACUUGCAGAAAAGGCGGCAAACACCCUUUUUGAAUUGGAACCUCAAGAUGCGGUCCCGUACAUUAUGCUAUCGAACUUGUACUCUUCGGCGGGUCAAUGGGAAGAUGCUGCGAGAAUUCGACGGCUAAUGAAAUCACGAGGCGUAAGUAAGGAACCGGGUUACAGUUGGAUGGAAAUUAACAGUAAAGUUUACUCGUUUAUGUCUGAAGAUAGAAGCCAUGAAAAGUCGGAUUUGAUUUAUUCGAAGAUUGAUGAGGUUAUGAUGUUGAUUAGAGAAGCGGGUUAUGUCGCGGAUAUGAAUUUCGCGUUGCAUAAUAUCGAUGAAGAAGGUAAAGAGCUUGGUCUUGCUUAUCACAGUGAGAAGUUAGCAGUGGCUUUCGGGCUUUUGGAGUUGCCGAGUGGAAUGCCGAUAAGAAUUUAUAAAAAUCUUCGGGUUUGUGGUGAUUGUCAUACUGCGAUGAAGUUUAUAUCGAGUGUUUAUGGGCGGGUUAUAGUUUUAAGAGAUUCGAAUCGGUUUCAUCACUUUAAACAUGGAGUUUGUUCUUGUGGGGAUUAUUGGUAACCAAAGUUAUUUAACUGUAUUAUUGGUCUUGUUUGUUGAAACUUGAAAGAUACAAUUUGAGUCAAAUCAUACAACUUUUUUAGA